AUGUUUUCACAGCUACAAUUACCUGAGGCUCCCAACGGCGACGAAUCGAAGAAACAAAAUUAUGCAAUGCGGUCUGCGCGUACCCUGUCCGAUUCGGAGCUGCGAAGGCACCCUGAGCAACAAUGGGGCUCUAAGAUGGAAAUUUUGUCUGUCCGACCAUGCGCGGAGUCUGAAUACUCACACCGAGCAGCUCUUUUCCUCCAUCCACAUCAUCGCAGAGGUCAAAUCAUGUCUGUGCCUUUGGACCUCUUGGAGAAAACCUCAAUCUCGAAUCCAGAGCUCCUAUGGAUAACCCAAUGUGCCUGUGUCGCGUCCUUGACAUUGGUGCUCUGGGAGAUGCUCAUUAAUCUGGGAGACGAGUCGAGUCUCAUCUGGCCAAGGUCUCACGGUUCUUACCUGACGAUCAUGGUCAAGUGGGCUUACCUAUUUUCUAGGUACUUUGCAAUCGCCGUUCAAAUAGCCAAUAUUAAUGUGAUCUUUACCUUCGCUCGGGCAGCCCCUGUUGCGGCCGAUACGUGUAAAAGCUUCUACAUCUAUCAAGGCUGUUCAGUGGAGGCUCUGCUACUCGCGUUUGACUUCGCUUUACUCGCUCGAGUACACGCACUCUAUGGUCAGAAAAAACGUUACACGAUUAUCGGGUUAGCUGCUAUUCUGGUGGAGCUCAUGACGAUGUUCAUAAGCGGCUUUUCCGCCAUUCCGAAUGUGCCGUACAAUCAGGAUUGCCUUGUGAUGAGUACUCCUACGAGUGUGGUAUAUUUCGUGCUCGGUGUCGGUUUCUCACAAUGCGUUAUUCUGGGGAUGACGUAUUACAAGAAGAUAGAGCUUGAGCGUGGAUCCGGAGGCGGAAGAAUACCUGUCUUGUGGAUUGUCGUUCGAGAUGGUGCUCUUGCUUUUACGGUUAUGGCCAGUCAGUCCUUCGAUUUUGCACUAACAGUGAGAGAUUGUGUUUGA